AUGCCGACCACAACCACCGCCACCUACGGUGCCAUCGGAUCCCCCUCCACCGCCACAUACCAACCCCCACAACUCUCCAACCUAAUCCCAACUCCCCGCCCAUGGCGCGAGUUUCUCGACAUCUCCGCUCUCUCCCGUCCCCUCUCCUACGACGACGCAAUGCUCCGUCUCCGUCAAAAUCUCACCUACUUCCAGUUCAACUACGCCUCCGUAAUGCUACUAAUCGUCUUCCUCAGCCUCCUCUGGCACCCGCUCUCCAUGAUUGUGUUCUUCAUCAUCCUCGUUGCGUGGUUCUUUCUUUACUUCUCCCGUAAUGGCCCCCUUGUUGUCUUCAACCGAACUUUCGAUGAUCGAAUUCUGCUCUGCCUUUUGGGUCUCGUUUCUGUGAUUGGGCUUGUUUCCACUCACGUUGGGGUUAAUGUGUUGUUGGCGUUGAUACUUGGUGUUGUUGUUGCCGGCUUGCAUGCGUCUUUUCGGGUUGUUGAGGAUUUAUAUGUUGACGAGGAAAGUAGCUUGCUUUCUGUUGUUGGAGGAACUCAACCUCCUCCUACAAGAACGAAUUACACUCGAAUUUAA